AUGCGCCUCAUCUGGCCCGCGCUUGCCCUGUUGGCGAGCGUACCGUUGCCCGUCGUUGCGACGGCGAAGCAAUGCAAGGCAGGCAGGCCCAGACCACAUAUGCCGGAUGCGGGUUUGGAGAUCUUUGCAAAUGGAGCCUGUUCUGAAUCCAGAGAGCUACCCAUUGCCAUAUCUCAGUGGGCAGUUGGUCAUUACAGAAAGACAACUGUGAAUCCCGUUAAGAGUAUGUGCGAUUGUCUUCAGUCCCAGCUGGCAAAUGGUGAGAAUGCGCAGUGGUCCCUGUGCUCCAUUCCCGCAGAACUCGGGAAGGCCGAGCCCGUAGCAUUGGCAAAUGCGUGCAUCUGCUUUCAGCAGGUUAUGACCGUCUAUAAGACCCCCACUCAGUUUCCGGCCGCAUCUAAACCGUCAGAGACGAGGGAACUACCAAACAACUAUGCGCUUGGUGCACCACCCACUAUAACACACUCACCUGCUGGUUUGUCAUUGGAUACGGCCAUAACGACUGCCGCAGGGUCUACCGGUGUUUCUCAGUCAACUCUCGACCAUACGCCCGUGAGGACUCCAGCUCCUGGAUAUGGAACAGAUACGGUCGAGCAAUCGCUUACGAAAAGUUAA